AUGGGCGGAUCCACCUCGAAGCCCGGAGUGAAAGCUGGCACUGGCGAGCGUGACCGAAUUGUGCUCUUUGGUGAUUCCAUCACUCAGCAGUCCUUUUCCCCAGAUGGCGGGUGGGGAGCUACACUCGCAAACGUCUACCAGAGGAGAUGUGACGUGCUCAAUCGGGGCUACAGUGGUUACACCACACGCAGCGGUCUAGCCAUGCUCCAAGCGGGAGCAGGCGUUCCAGAGGAUCCGCCCUCAUCCGACAGCCACACCCGCCUCGUCACAGUAUUCUUCGGCGCGAAUGAUGCCUCGCUGCUAGAGGAGAACCCAAAGCAGCAUGUCCCAUUGGACGAGUACCGACAGAAUCUGCAGAAGAUUGUUGAAAUUCUCAGGCAGCGUGUGCCAUCUGCGCAAAUUCUUGUCGUCACUCCGCCGCCGGUUUGCCAAACCAAGAUUCUGGCUUUGCAGAAGGAGCGCUUCAAAGACAAAGCUACCGGUCGGCCAGAGCGGACGAAUGAGAUGGCUGGGAAGUAUGCUGCCGCUGCCGAGGAGACGGCGAAGGAGUUGGGCUUGCCAUCCUUGAACCUCUGGCGACUGAUGCAGGAUGUGAACGAGUGGAAAGACUUUCUUUCCGACGGACUGCAUCUCUCGCCACAAGGCAAUCAGUUCGUGGCAAGCGCGGUGCGAGACAAGAUCGCAGAAGUUUUCCCAGAUCUGGUUGUUGUCCCGUGCCAGUUCACGGGACAAUUUGGUAACUCCGGUUCCAGAUGCGACGGUGUGUCAACGGAUUGCCCAUGGUGGGACACUGUCGACCCCGACUGUCCGGCCAAGUCAUUCGAAGCCUUGAAGGGCCAGGGCCAGGGAGACUGA